AUGGCGGCAAACGAAAAUGAAACUUGUCAUAUAAAUUAUAUGGGUGUAUUAAAUAAUGGAGAAUUGAAUGCAGAUGGUUAUACAUAUAAAAAAAACUAUUCACAUAAAGAUAUUGGCAUAUUGAAUAGAUUCAGAAAAAAUAAUAAAAUAAUGGAAAGACAAUAUAAGAAAUAUAUGUUGUAUGCAUUAAAAACACUUAAUAUUCAAGAUAUUAAAAAUGAUGACCGUGAAAAAUUAAAAAAAUUAAUAAAGAACUUGGAUUAUAAGCAGUUAAUAAAUCUUAAUGAAAAUAUAAAAAAUGAUAAAUAUGUUACGCUACAUAAUAAUGAUAAUUUAUGUUAUGAUUAUUUAUCGACUUUUUUUUUGAAUACCAUAAAAAACGAGAGGAAAAAAAAAAAAAUAGAUACAAAAUCAUGGAGUAAAUAUCCAAAUAAUUACGAUAAAAUCAUUAUAUAUGUAAUGAAACAUCUAAUGAAAAGGAAAAAGAAAAAAAGAAAAAGAAAAAAGAAAGAAACAGAUAAUCAAGAAUACGAGAAAAAACAUUUAAUGAAAAAAAUAAAAUUAUUAUUUUUUGAAAAAUUGAUAGAAAAUUCAAAUAAAAAUGAGCUAGUAAAAUAUGUGUUCAUCAUGGAAUAUAUAAAAUAUAUGAGUGACGACAUAAUGGACCAAAUUAUAAAUCAAAUAUCUCAUAGCCGGAACGAUAAGACCAAUGAAAUAAGUAAUAAUUUGAUAUAUUCUGAAAAAGAAAAUAACACAUAUCGUAACAAACACAUAAAUAUGAUGUUGAUACCUGAUAUGGAACAUUUUUGGAAAUAUUUUAAUCCGAAUAAUGGCAAUAAUAAUAAUAAUAUAAUGGAUAUAAAAAAAAUCAUAAAGAGUAAUCUUGAAAAAAUAAAAAGAAUGUUAAUUCAAUAUAUAUGCAAUUAUAGUAAGAUUCGAGCAUCUUGCUAUUAUAAUGAUGAACAUAAUUAUCGUAACAGUUAUAGUAAAUUUGUAAAAAGCAAAACUGGUAGCAAUAAAAACAAUUUUGGUAAUAAAAUAAACGUCCGAGAUAUAUUAAGCAUAAAACGAAAUGAUAAUUUUAAGCCUAAAUUUAAGAUGCUAAAAAAAGGCAUAAAAAAAAAUGUGAGUAAAAAUUUAUUCCAUCAAAUAAAUGUAGAAUAUUAUAAUAGAGAAGAGGAAAAAAAAAAUAUAAAAUAUGAAAAUAAAUUAUUUCCUAACGAUAGUAGUCGUAUUGUUAAUUAUUUAAAAAAUGAAAAUAGUUCAAACAUGAAAAUUUAUUCAUAUCCUUAUAUAUAUAAAGAUAUGAUGAAUUUUUUAAAUACAUAUCUCACGUUUUCUUUUGAAAUGCUAAUAAAUUAUUAUGUUUAUAAAAAUAUAGAACAUCGUUUUGGAGAUCGAUACCAAAAAAAUAUUUUGAAAAGAGAAUGCGCUAAUAAAAAUGUUAGUUCUAAUUAUUCUGCUAGCCACAAUAUAAAUACUAUCAAUGAAGAUAAUAAUUUAAAUUGUAAUAAACUUAUAUCGGUAAAUAAAAAUUCAAUUGUUUGUGAAUUAUUAAAUCAUUCAAAUUUUUUGGAAAAAGAAUUAAAUCACCUUUCUUCGAACAUGAUGAAUAUAUCAUCAAUUGGUUCAAAAAAUUUUGACAAAAUAUGUUAUAUUUAUAAAUUUCUAAAUAAUUUAUCGUGGAGUAAUACAUUUUAUAGCAAUCGUCUUAACAAUAUAUCAAAUAAAUAUGAAACCGACCUCAUGUAUAAUAAGUUUUAUUGUGAUAAUUUGAUCGGAAAUAAGAUAUUGCCUAAAAAAAAUAGUUAUGUAUUUGCGUAUUAUAAACAAUGUUCUACGGAUGGAAGCAAUAAUUAUACCAAUGAUGGAACGGAUGCAAAUCAAAAUGGUAAUGGCGGAAAUUCAGGUGAACAUAAUAAUUAUACACAUAAUAAUAAUUACAAUGAUGGAGGGUGUAACAACAAUAGUAGUUUUGGUGGUAAUAAUGGAAAUGAAGGGGAUAGAGAUAACAAUAAUAAUGAUGAUAAAAAUGAUGGAAGAAAAAAUAAAAAUGAGGAAGAGGAUGAAAAAGAAGAAGAAGAUAAUGAAGAAAAUAAUAAAAAGAGGCCAAAAGAUGGUAAUAAUAGUCCUCAUAAUAAAUCUGUAGAUGAUCAUGAAAAUUAUUACAAGUUAAUAAAAGAAAUAGAAACUUUGGAGAAAAACGAAAUUGCUAAUGAAAUGAAAAAUGGAACUAAUAAUUAUUGUGAAUAUAAUAACAAAAUAAAACUAUUAGAUGCAGACAAAUGCACAAUAGGAGCUGAACAAAAUUACAUUGGAAAGGAAGACGAGAUAAAUAAUAAUCAGCUAUUACAUAGUACCUCUCCUAAUAUGGGCCAUCCAUUAAAAUUGCCUCUCCUACCCGAAAUGAGUCACCCUAACUCAUUUUCAAUAUCUUCCCCUCGUUCUCCUAUGCAAUAUGGGCAGGAAUGUAAUAUAGGUGAGGGUAAUAGUUAUGAUAUGAAUAAUUGCUCCGUAAUAAAUUCCAACAUACCCAACGGUUCAAUGAACCAAGACAUCAAAACUUGUUCAGGAAAGGGAAGUCCUAUCCAAUUAAAUGAUCCUGAUUUUGAAGAAGCAUGUGAUAUUAGGCUUAUGAAUAAUGCAGAGAAUAUGAAAUUUUCUCAAUCACCUCCGACAAGUUCAUUACAUGCAUCUACAUUACACUUAACCGACGUGAAUGAAUUAGUUUUAUCGCCUACUCAACAGUUAUUAUAUUCUAGUAGUCCAAUGAAAUCACCCAAUAAUUUCCCCAAUCCAGGCUCACCUGUUUUCGAUGCUAAUUAUAGUGAAGAACAUAUGGAAAAGGUUGCAUCGAACUAUUUAGCUUCUUCUCCUUAUAGGCAUGAUAUAUUUUCUGAAUAUGGAGUAUUGGGUUCUUUUUUCGAAUCAUUAGAAGAACUCGAAAGCAAAAGCGAUAAUAGUGAAACUGGAAGUGAUAAUGAAACAUUCAAUUAUAACUUUUCUUUAAAUGGAAAUGGGGAGGACGGUAAUAAUGCCCAAUCAAAAAACGGAAAUAUUCAAAAAGACGAAGUUAUUUAUAAUUUUAAAAAAAAUAAUAAAACAAAAGUUUUUCAUGCAUGGUGUAAUAAAGGGGAACACGAAUUAAAUUAUGAUAAUAAAAAAUUUAAUUCAGUUAUAGAUUGGAUAAAUUAUAUUGAAGAUUUAAUGGCAAAUACGGAAAUAGAUGGUGAGUUUGAUGAAAAAAACAAUAUGGGAAUUGGUAGUGAUAAUAUUGGUUUUAUUGGUAAUACAGGAAAUGGAGAAGGCAAUAUAAACAAUUCUAUGAAUCAAAAUGAUAUGAUUGGAAAUUAUUAUAACAAUGAAAACUUAGGGCAAAUGAAUAUGAACAAUACUAAUGAAAACAAUCCUCUUAUACAUAACAAUGGAGGUGAAUAUUAUAAUAAUGAAGGUUCUAAUUUCAACAAUCCACUAAUUCAAUAUGGAUGUGAUAAUAACAAUACUGAGAAUAAUAACUAUGGAAAUAAUUUUGAGGGUGAAAAAAAUUUACUUCCUUUUUAUAACAAUGCAGAAGAUAAUGUGAUUUAUAAUACUAAUGAACAAAUACAACAAGAAGGGAAUAAUGGAUUUUUUCCAAGUUUUGAAUUAAACGAUAAUAAAAUGGCUAAUGGAAUGAUUAAUGUUGAUGCAAAUAAUACUAGCGGUUUUAUAUGGGAUGGUAAUAGCGAUAAUGGAUUAAAUAAUAAUAAUGAUCCGAACAACUCCAAUAUAGGUUCUGUUGGCAAUGGAAAUUUCGAUUCUUUUGUUGACUCGAAUCUCGAUCAAGGAUAG